AUGGACCUCCCCAUGAAGGCCUGGGUCAUCGCCCACAACGGCGCUCCCGCCAAGGCCCUCUCCCUGCGCACCGUCUCCGCGCCGCGCCCGCCCCGCCGCGCCGAGGUCCUCGUGCGCGUCACCCACGCCGCCCUCAACCCGGCCGACCACGCCUACCUCAAGGUCAUCCCGUCCUGGCUGCCGAACCGGUGGGGCGCCGCCACGGGCCUCGACUUCGCCGGCGAGGUCGUCGCCGCCGGGCCCGACGUGCCCGCCGGGUCGCCCGUGGGCAAGGGCGCCAAGGUCUGCGGCGCGCUGAGCGUGCCGCUCGUGUUCUGGGGCGCCGGGUCGCUGGCCGAGUACGUCACCGUCCCCGCCGCCCUGGUCGUCCCGCAGCCCGAGGGGUGGGGCGGCGCGCGGUCCGCCGGCGGGUUCGGCGUCGCGUCGCAGACGGCGCACAUCAUGGUCAAGGCGGCCGGCGGUCGGGGCAGGCUGGGCCCCGGGGCGAGGGUCAUGGUCAUCGGGGCCAGCGGCGGCGUGGGCUCGGUGCUGGUGCAGGUCGCCAGCAACCUGGGGGCCGAGGUCGUGGGCGUGUGCUCCGCGGGCAACCACGAGAUGGUGCAGAAGCUGGGUGCUGCCGAGAUGGUCGACUACACGGCGCACAACCCACUGCCAAAGCACCUCGCGCAGGAGUACGGCAGUCGCCAAUUCGACUUCAUCUUCGACUGCGUCGGCAGCCAUCACAUCUACGUCGGGUCGCCAGCGUAUCUAAAGCCCGAAGGCGCCUUUAUCAACAUCGCCGGCGAUCCCGCCAACGCCAUCGGCAUCAUGGCCGGCCUGUUCCUCCCGCGAUUCCUCGGCGGUGUGCCGCGCCGGUACAAGAUGCUCGCCCUCAGUCCCUCGGGCGACAACGCGAGGGAGGUGGCCAAGUGGGUGCAGGACGGGCUGCUGAAGGAGAUUUUGAUUGAUUCUGAGUACAGUAUGGACGAUGCUGUCAAGGUGAGUCUCUGA